AAAGAUUUGACUCGUAUGAAAAGGAUUACUGGAAAAGUCAUAGACAAGAUUUUUCAUUCUGGGUUUAAUAAGGGUUUGAGUUAUGUCAGAUACCCAGCUAAUAUUACACUACUACGUGGAAACCAUGAAAGCAGACAACUAACCCAGGUGUAUGGAUUCUAUGAUGAAUGCCAGAGAAAGUACGGAAAUGCUAAUGCAUGGCGGUGUUGCACUGGCGUUUUUGACUAUCUAACAUCAUCAGCUACUAUAGAUGGAACAGUACUAUGCGUCCAUGGUGGCCUUUCUCCAGACAUUAGAACUAUUGACCAGGUUUGGGUUUUGCAAACUCAUCAUACUUAUUGUGCAUAUUCUCCUGCAGCUUCAUGCUGCACUAGGCACGUCAUGCAUCUUUUUUGA